GUCUUGAUACCUAGGUAGUCAGGUACAUGAACCUACUACUACCAACUGCGUAACCUAUAGCUCAGGUACCUAAUAAAAUCAAGGACGCCACGCCUCAAUGCUCACGACCAUACUGCUGACCACAACUCACACACGGUAAGUGUCAACGACGACGCACACGGGGCAUGACCGGUGACAUGGGCUCCGCAGCCCCCAAGACACAGGUGCUCGUGGUGGGCUCCGGGGGAGUCGGGACGCUGGCUGCAUAUGCUCUGGAAGUAGGAGGCCAGGCAGAGGUCACAGCCAUCUGUCGCUCGAACUACGAGGCCGUCAAGAGGAAUGGCUUCACAAUCGACUCGAUCGAGCAUGGCAGCGAUAUCACCGGGUUUCGGCCGUCUCACCUCCGAAAUACUGUGCCGAACGUCGAGCAGGAAGGCUUGAAGUAUGACUAUCUAGUUGCCACGACGAAGAACGUUCCGGAUGUCAGCCCCACGUUGUUGGACAUCAUCGAGCCUGCGGUGACUCCGGGCCACACCACGAUAGUCCUCCUGCAGAAUGGAUUGAACAUCGAGAAGCCCAUUAUCCAUCGCUUCCCGGGAAACGUUGUCCUUUCGGGCGUAUCCUUGGUCGGGACCACAGAAGUCUCACACGGCGUGAUCAGACACGACGACUCCGACAGUACGAAGUGCGGUCCAUUCUCCGGGCAGAACGUGCCUUCUGAGAAAGCGGUAGCAGAGGCAAGACGCUUUGUAGACAUGUACAAUGCCUGCGGCAAGGUCGACUGGUCGUACGAUGAGGAUGUGACGUUCACGCGAUGGCGGAAACUAGUCUACAACUCGUCUUUCAACAGCGUCUCCGCAAUCAUGGGCAUGGACACAGCCAGAAUGAGGAUGAGCGAGAUUGUGAUUGAUGAUCUGAUCAGGCCGGCCAUGAAAGAGAUCAUUGCCAUUGCGAAAGCCGCUGGGGUAGAUUUGCCAGAAGGGGUUGACGAAAAGUUGAUUCGGUGCGAUCCUACAGAUACGGCCUUUAUGCCCAGCAUGGGACAGGACGUUGCGAAGGGCAACUAUAUCGAAAGUGAGAACAUUGUUGGUGAGCCAGUACGGGAGGCAGAACGACUCGGUGUGCCGGCGCCGACGCUGAAGACCAUUUAUGGCUUUCUGCGAGGUAUACAGCUCAAGACCAAGGAACAGAAGGGUCUCUGGAAACCCCAAUUUGAAGAAGGAAAUCCUUACGCUUAGGUGGUAACGAGUUGGUCCGAUGGUGCUACAGCGCCUCGCGGGAAGCGCUGCAACUUGCUCGCCGUCUACCGCUGGUGAGCAGAAGCAGUGCAAUCAACUGCACGGAUGAUAUCACGCUGGCAGAUCUGAGAGUUUCAACCCAGCCCAGAAGUAGGAAGAUCCAAAUGUCGUUUGACCCGAGCGGCGGUGUAUUCAAGAGGUCUGUCCCAACAUACAUAUCGCAAUCGUCUCGUGCUGGUCCCACGCGUCGACUUGAAGAAGCAAAUGACGCACACACAUUUAUCUGCUCAAGCCCGCCCGGUCCAGCGGUGUAGUGCGACGUGGCAGUUUUCAAGAGCGCUACGUGAACUCAUCGUGAACAGAAGCCAAUGACUCGAUGGCACCUGCACGUUUUCGCUGCAAGGCACCAAACCUUCUUUCUCUAUACCGCU